UAUUUUAGGAGACCUUGCCCAUGACGAUCCAGAUGGGAUAGUAAAUUGUCAGGGACAAAUUAGAGUUAUUGUUAUUUUUUUAUUAUUGACGAAAACCUAUGUCCCCCGUGGUGCGAGCUGACCAAUGAGAGACAUUCGGGGCAGAUGACCAGGAAGCGAAGUGGACAGCGUAAACAUCUUUAGAAUUGUGCAAAAGAUGAGAUAAACCCGCCCCAUGCUGAGCCCAUCCAGGUGAUGCGGGGUGUAUAAAUAUGGAUACGGGUGGCGUUCACGAAAACACGAACUAGAGAGACAUAGAGAUACAUCCAAGAUUGAACUGAAGAUUUUCACUUUUCAACUGACUGCAGAAUUUUCAUCAAAUACAAUGAACUCGCUGACAUUGAUGUGCGUGUUUAUCGCGAGUUACGGUGCAAUAGGCGUGAAGUUGACAGAAGGAAAACACAGGUGUACAGAUGUGACGGACUCUUUCUACAACGAGUUGGUGCCAUACAGCAAAGCCCUUUAUGACGAGGACAAAGCCAAGAUCAAGCCCAAGUACAGUAAAGCCAUAUCUGCAUCAAAUCGCAAAGUUCGUGGGAAACUGAGAGCCACCGUGAACUGCCCUGCCCCGGACGCCGCUGCCCUUGUAGGUGUGACACGUCGUAAACGCCAAGUCGAUGACGUCAACUGUGACGGCUGUCCGGUUAACCGGGAAUAUCUGUACAAGUUCCACAACAAUGCCUGUUUCGUCAUCCUUCCCAACUUGCAGAGAGUGUCAUACGCGAUUUGCGGAAACGAAGCGUGUCAAGUCGGCUGCGCCUGUUGCCGAUGUGGGGAAGAUCAUUGUAGUCGUCACAGAUUUGUCAAGAUGUGGUUCUUUGCUUUCUGCUUUAGGAGCGCCGGCAAAUGGAGACCGUUUUUCAAUUACAACUACCUUUGGUUGCCACAGGAUUGUAAGUGCAAGUAAAUAUAACUUUGAGUACCCCGGCGGCAACUGCUUGCACCACACACAAAUCAUAAUUAUUUUAAUGUCAAUGUUUAUUAAAGAAUAAAAUGUGUUUAGUAAUUU